GGCUAGGCUCUGGGAAGCCCAUCUGAGGUCCCGGAGUCCACAGAGCACCACUGCACCAUGAAACUCACCACCACCUUCCUGGUGCUCUGUGUGGCCCUGCUCAGCCACUCCGCUGCCGCUUUCUUCAUGGACUCAGUGGCUGAGCCUGUGGCCCAACCUGUGGCUGCCCUCAACUCUGCCACAGGGGCCAUGGCCAACCCCCUUCUGACCCACUUCAACCUCCUGAAGUUCAUGCUGUCCAGCCUGGGGAUCCCCGUGGAGCACCUCAUAGAGGGCUCCCAGAAGUGUGUGGCUGAGCUGGGCCCUGAGGCCGUCGGGGCCGUGAAGACUCUACUGGGAGCCCUGACAAUGUUUGGUUGAACAGAGGCUGGAGCAGCUUUGCCUGAGGACAAGAUGCUGCCCACCUGACAUCCAUGGCCUUCCCUCCCUUUCUUAAUAAACAUGGUUAAGAGCAA